AUUAUUUUAAGUCAGCAGUCUAUUACUACCUCGUCUUUGCUUUCUUAAAUCUCAACGCUGUCUAGUCUCCACCAACAGAUGAUAAAUGCUCUGACACGAGCACGGCGACCCAAGUUUAUUUCAGCUCUCUCAGUAAAGUGUUGACGAGGUUUCGAUAUGAACUACUGUUCUCUUGUUAUUUCUUGAUUGAAAGGAGUUUUUUUUCGGUACCAUCUUGUUGCUGAUUUUUUCGGUACUUUCCUCUGCACAACCGUCAGAUUCGACUAAAGAAGUUUCCAUGAAGAUGUACAACUUAACUUGAUACUCUCCUCACAAACGCCUUCCUCGUGGGUGGAGGAUUAAGAGCUGGAUGGAAGGCGCAACAAUCGCUGACUUGCCAGAGAUAGUCCUGUUUACUGGUUUAAUGUUUGCGAUUUUGUGCUUCUACAACAAAUGUGGAUCUCUCUUUACCAGUUUCUUGGUUGAGGAGUUUAACAACUUGACUGAGAAGUUUAAAACCCUGGUUGAAAAGAUAGGGAUUGAGGUGUGUUUUAAUUUUGCUCUCAAGGAGAACAAGAUCGAGUAUUUGGGAGCUGUAUUUCAGAUAUUAAACAUAGCUUUUUCAUCCUCUCUUUUAAGGGAUGCACAGAUAUGGAAAUCUUACUUCAUAGCAGGCAUAGGAAUAUUUACUUUUCUCUGUUACUGUGUUGAGGUCUCUGUGGAACUGAGGAGACUUGAGGUUAUUAGAACAUAUAUCCGUCCCGAGAGGAUGAACAAUAUAGUAGUUUGGUUUUUUACUAAACAGCAUGUUUUGCAGUGCCUCAUCCCUCUAGCAACAUGUGUUUAUAAAAGCCAUCACAUGGAAGAUGCUCAAGAAAGUGUUUCAUUUAUAAUUCAAAUGUCCAUUCAUGUUGUAGCUCAGCUGGCAUUCAUGUAUGCCCGUGAUCGAUACUAUUUCUAUGCAGCCAAUUGACAACAUUUCGCACAAAGGGAAAGAAACAUUUGAGGAAGACAAACACGUCGUUGCUGAGAAGUUGCAGAUGCAAUUGUAGUGAAGGGGCACAGAGACAUGGAGAAGAAAUCUGCUGUGGCACUGACAGUGAUGCCUGAGCUAGCCUGUUGACACGAGUACAUAAGUGCAAGAGCUCUUUACAUUUUCUACUGCUUGCUGCACAAACAGAUGGCCAAUGAAUUACAUGCACCCCUAUCUAUAAAUGCAGACCGUAUAUGCCUCACCAGCAACAAUAGGCAGAACUAUCAUAAAGACCUCAACAAUGGCCGAUUUUGCUUAAAUUUCCGUCUUCCCUGCAGAAUAAUCUGAUCGAAUCAGGAAGCAGCCUCGUGUCUUCUGCAAAUGAUAGAAGAAAUGAUUAGCACGGUAACAGACGGGUUACAUUGGCAGACUAAGUACACAUAGCUUGUAGUUGAGUUAUAAUAGCGGAUACUAUACUUCAUAUCAAAUUGAUAAACUCAUUCUUGCAGGAUGUACCCAGAACAAGCAGGAGAGCAAUAGAAUAAUGUUUGAAGAAUACAAAUACAAAACAAUUCUAUUACCACAAGCAAUGAAUAAUUUACAAGGGGCCGAAAAAACUUGACUGAAGACUCACUAAUGCCAAGGACUAGCAGUACAGCUUUAUUAAACGCCUAACAUGCGUAAUGGACUAGAGCUUGUAUUAGACAUUAAAGAGCUUAUUUACAGUGUUUGGAUCAUUGAUUAGUUUUCGAGUUAGGCACCAGUGGCCUAGAGAAGGACUAUUAUGACAUAUGAUUUUCAAUCAGAUCUGGAGCUUGCGCAACCAUAGCACCACCAAGGCACAUCAUCUGCGGUCUCUGAGUCCUCAAUUAGUUCUCUGGCUUGUGCAGCCAAAACAGCAAAACCGAUAAAAUUCCCAAUUCCCAUGAGAAAUAAACCGUAAGAUAUGUUUUCUGGAUCGUAUAGGAAGAGGAGACGACAGCAAUGUAUGUCGGUGAUCACCAGAAAAGAAGCUAGAGCUAACAAUGCAGCAUAUCUGAAAGCUAUCCAGUUCUUACUCCAUACUGCAA